UUUGAAAUCAGCUUUGGAGAAAAGGCUCCCGGAUCGGUGCAGGGAGCUGGAGACCUUCCCAGGGAGCACAGCAGGCAGCUCUGCCUGCAUUCCGGGGGCUCCAGCAGACAGGAGAAUCACUUUUGUUCGGUGCAGAUCCUCUGCCCCACGCAGGAGAUGGCAGAGCUCAGCAUCCCCUUGCUCCGUGCCUGCCUGGCACUGCUGGCCAUGCCCGUCUACCUCCUGUCCCUCCUGGGCAUCUGGGAGCCUUUCUGCGAGAAGAUUUUUUUCCCUUACAUCUUAGGGGCGCUUUUCGAAUCUCACAAGAGGAAGUCAAAGCCCCACAAGCAGGAGCUGUUCCGUAACCUCCCCGACUUCACAGGCGCCUCGGGGGAGCUGAGGCUGCUGGAGAUCGGCACUGGCCUGGGUGCUAACUUCCAGUUCUACCCCGCGGGCUGCAAGGUGACCUGCACGGACAUAAACCCCAACUUCCAGCGAGGCCUCCUGAGAAACAUGGGCAAGAACCAGCACCUCCACUACGAGAACUUCCUGGUGGCUGCAGGAGAGGACCUGCGCCAGGUGCCCAGCGGCUCUGUGGAUGCAGUCAUCUGCACCUUCGUGCUCUGCUCCGUGACGAGCGUGGACGACACCCUGAGGGAAGUGCUGCGAGUGCUCAGACCAGGAGGAGCUUUCUAUUUCUUGGAGCACGUGGCUGCUGACCCUUCCAGCUGGAAGUAUUUCUGGCAGCAGGUCUGCUUUCCCACUUGGAAGAUCUUCUUUUGUGGGUGCUGCCUCUCGAGAGAGAUCUGGAAGAAUCUUGAGCAGGCCAGGUUCUCAGAGCUGAAGUUAAAACACAUCAGCAUAACCCUGCCCUGGACCCCCAUCCAGCCCCACAUCGUCGGCUACGCCGUGAAGUAAGGCACAGAGCCCUGCCAGGCCUCUUCCCUGCCCCCACAGCUUCCUUGGCAUCAUCCCCCCCCCCCCAGCAGCACAGCACAGCCUAACCCUGACAUGCCAGCCUAGAAACCAUGGUGAAGGACUUGAGCAUCACUGAGAAGGAAGAGUA